CAUCUGUCUGCAGAAACUGUCUCUGUAUCGUCUUGGCCCUUGGCUGCGGGGCCGUGAGCAGCUACCAUGACGUUCCCCAACACCAGCGUACUGACAGCCAACUUCAGCGGAGCUUUGGAUGGCCAUGACUCCGGGGGAAACAUUUACAGGCCCUUCUCCGUUUUCAGCGUCCUCACUCUUACUUUACUGGCAAUGCUGGUGGUGGCCACAUUUGUCUGGAACUUGCUGGUGCUGGUGACCAUCUUGAGGGUGAGGACAUUCCACCGGGUACCCCACAACCUCGUGGCUUCGAUGGCUAUCUCUGACGUAAUGGUGGCUGCCCUGGUCAUGCCCCUGAGCCUUGUCCACGAGCUGAACGGCCGGCUGUGGAAGCUGGGCCGCGUGCUGUGCCAGGUGUGGAUCUCCUUCGAUGUCCUCUGCUGCACGGCCAGCAUCUGGAACGUGACAGCCAUCGCGCUGGACCGCUACUGGUCCAUCACCAGGCACCUGCAGUACACGCUCAAGACGCGCAAAAAGAUCUCCAACGUGAUGAUUGCGCUCACGUGGCUGCUGUCCUCCAUCAUCUCCUUGUCGCCUCUCUUCGGCUGGGGGGAGACCUACUCAGAGGGGAUGAAGUGCCAAGUGAGCCAGGAGCCGUCCUACACAAUCUUCUCCACCUUUGGGGCAUUUUACCUCCCUCUUUGUGUGGUGCUGUUUGUGUACUGGAAGAUCUACAAGGCUGCCAAGUUUCGGAUUGGCUCCCGCAAGACCAACACAAUCACACCCAUGGCUGAGGUAAAGGAGGAAACACAGCAGCCCCAGAUGGUGUUUACUGUGAGGCACGCCACCGUGACCUUCCAGACAGAUGGGGACACGUGGCGUGAGCAGAAGGAGAAAAAGGCGGCACUGAUGGUCGGCAUUUUGAUCGGCGUGUUUGUUCUUUGCUGGAUUCCCUUCUUCAUCACCGAGCUCAUUGUGCCGCUGUGCUCCUGUGACAUCCCGCCCAUCUGGAAGAGCAUCUUCCUGUGGCUGGGCUACUCCAACUCCUUCUUCAACCCACUCAUAUACACCGCCUUUAAUAAGAACUACAACAACGCUCUGAGGAACCUCUUCUCCCGGCAGCGCUGAGACACUCGGCACGCUCGGGUGACCCACUACACCAGCAUGCACUCCACAGUGUUACUCCUCCAGAUAGAAAAGGACUAACCUGUCACUCCAUCAUCCCCCAGAUGGAUGAUAACCAUAAACUGUGUCUCAAGUCAAAAUGUGUAAGUUCUAUUUAGGCUGUGUUUUGUUUAUUUCCACGCUGAGGUAACCUCACAGCGGGACUGAGACAGACAUCUGAGGUACUGUAUCUACAAAGAGAAGAAUAAAUUGGUUGUGUUGUGGCAGGAGCGGACACAAUACUGACUACACUGAUCAUAUGUGAGGCUGCUGGGAAUCCUGUCAUCAAAGUACAGCUGGGAGAAAUGUUCAAGAACAAUCUUUAGAACUGAACAAAAUGAACCUCAUAAAUAAUAAACCAAGAACAAGCUGUGGAUUGUUUUCCAGAAGUAGACAACAAAACACUCAUCAUGGUAGAAACAAUUUCAAGGUAAAGAUGGAUUCGAAUAUUAAAAAAAGAAAGAUUAUAGGACCUGAAAUCCCUCCAGUAAAGCGAUAAAAUGUUCCAAGACCUCCACUAUAUAGCUAGGUACACAUGAACUCACUGGCUUCACACAUGCAAUUUAUUCAUACAUACUUGCAGAAACAAUCUCUCCCCUGAUACUGACUAGCUAUACACCAAUUCUCCUUCCACAUACGCCUACACAAUCCCACGCCUUUUCUGAUAGCAGGAAAAUAGCAGGACAGGUUAUUAAGUUAUUAUUUCCAUCAUCUUUGGAUGGAUGCAUCAUUGAGUAACUGCAGCCACAAAUAAUCACAUCUCAGUUCAGAUAAAUAAAGUCAUUAUGAGAUACAGAAGAUGUGUGGACUGGUGUAAACCUGUUCAAAGCAUUAUCACAACAACUGUCUGGGAAGACAGUAAGAAUUAAAUUGGAAAAUAAAAAAUAGGGACAUGUUGCUUCAUUGUCUGGGGAUGCUAAAGUGCUGCGAUGAUGCAUGUUUUAAAGUAUAACUCAUGGUGUUAUACUGCAGCUGUGGAGGUAUGGGAGUAGAAAAGAAUGUCAAGCAAUACAAAUAUCCCUAAUGGGCUCCGCACAUAAAACUUGUAUUUUGGUUGGUCUAAUUAUGUUUUCUAGUUGUGGGUUUUUCUCAAUUUUUUUAUAUGACUCUCCUAUUCCCUGCACAAAUUGCCACUUUGUACUUAAGUGUUCAUCACUAUUGAAUCAAUAAAUGAACCUUUAUUUUGUUGUGUGAUAUAUGUUAGGAAUCAAGCAUGAGAAACAGAUCCUCAGAAAAUAGGUGUGUUAAGUGUAAGUGAGCUCCUGUCAAAGGAUUUUGUUUUUUUUUUUGUGUGUUUUUUUUUUUAAUGGGAAAAGAGGCAGCUGUGCAUCUGUUCAAACAGUUUGUAAUUGUUGUCCAGUUAAAACCACAUAUUUGGUGAUACUGAAUUCUUCAGAUAAAGUAAGAAAAUGAUGCUUGGCAAAAGUGAAAAUAAGUGUUUUACUCAACUCAUGAAAAGAUAAUGCUGUAGAGAUACUUAGUUUUCAGUGGACAGCAGUGCUAUGUGGCUUUAAUACUACAGAAUAUUUAAAAAUGAUCCUUUUUUCUAAACUGAUGUUUGCACACAAAGCCUGUAAGACAACAGCAGUAUUAAAUGUAGAUUUUUCAAUUCAGGCUUAAUUAAUAAUUCAUCUGCAUAUGGUCUCCUCAGCCUCAGCCUUUUUCUUUGAUUUGUACUUCUACAUUAGUGUAUAUUAAAAACUUACACACUUCAAAUUACAUAGUUUAUGAAUAAGAAUGGUUUAUAUUUUGUUUUUCAUAUCCAUAAAAGAAAUAGUCUCAAAUGUAGAAAGAAAAGAAAUAAUUUCUACCACAUCAUCAAGUUGUAAGAGUAAUGUAUCCCAAUGAGGAAACAUAAAUAUAAGUGAAAAGAGAAUUAAUCCACCACUUGUAAUGGUUGUUCGAGUCACAACAGUAUUCUGUGGUAAAUAAUGAAAUGCAUGGAAUAUAGACAGAAAAAAUAAUCAUUAUUUUUACACUGUUUCAGAUAUGGAAAAGUAAAUGACAGUACUUGUGAAACAGGUCUGUUCUCGCCUGGCAUUUCUUUCAUGUAUUAAUUGCAUGACCAUUAUGUAGGAUUCACUUAUUUCUCACUGCUCUCCAAAUUGCCCAAGGACGAUUGAUUAUUCACCCUUCGCCCCUCUUAGGUCUUGUUCUAUGUUACAACCCAUCUCAGGAAAUGCAAAGUGUUGCAGAGAAGUAUUGUUUACCAUGCGUCCCUGUUUCCAUUUCUCAUGUUCAAAGGAGGUGAAAGAUGUGGACCAUUACUUCUGUCAGAGGCAGUUCUUGCAAAUUUAUACUUAUAUUCAUACCCAUAAAAAUACAAACAAACAUAAAAGUAGUGGAAUUUUGAAUGGUCCAUCAUGUGUAACUGUGUCAGUGUGUUUAUUUCUAUUUGUGCAUGUUUACUCCACAUAAGCCAUAGAUGAUAAAACACAUAAUAAACAAUA